UGGCGCCGAGCGCGACGGGCCUGGCCUGUCCUGACCCUUCGGUGCGGCCGGGGCGGAGAGCGGGGGGGGUCUCGCGGGUCCCGAAAUGCCGACUGAGUAUUUCAUGUCAGUAGCAGUGCGGUGAAGGGUGCGGGCUCUCCGUGCCUCGCUCGUCAGGGAUGCAUGUGCCCGGGGAGGUACCGCGUGUGUCUCCACACAUCCGCCCGUGGCACGGUUUUCUCGUGUUCGGCGAUUACUCUGUGAACGCUUUUUCGUUCUGCAGUCUUUCGGUAGCAUGUGGAUCACUCUGGAUGUGGAAUAAGAACUCAGGAGGCAGUUUAACCAUAUGUUGAUCUGAAAAAGCCGAGCACGUUUCGGUGCGGGAGGGAGGGAGGGAGGGCGGGCAGCAGCCCCGCACUGGGCCGGCCCUGCCCUGACCGCUGGUUAGGUGGCAUCCACCCCCCGUGCCUCUCAUUUAUGUUGCCUUGGGACACAGAUCGCCUGCCUUCCUGAAAUCUUGCAUCUCUUAGCUGCAGCUAUAAUAAACUGCACUAGUUUAGGCUGGGUUUUUCCCACACUCGCGUUUUUGUGUCAGAAGGACUGAAUGAUUUGUCAGCAAGACGUAGUUCCCAUCCCUUGUCAUACACCCAUAAAAGCGUUUAUGUAGAGGUCUCAGAGAAGUCUGACUGUAGAAGAAGCUCUUAGAACAGUGGAGUAAUGAUGUUGCAUGCUGGUUUGUUUUGCAAUGUCAUCAGCUUUAUUUGCUUAGUCUAUGUUAGGCUAUUUUCAGGAAAGGAAUUUGUGUUUGCUCCCACACCAUGGAGGUUUGCAGUUCUGCCCAGUACUUACAGGCUGUGCUGUAGAGAGAGAGUUGCUUUCUGACAGGAACGAUGUUACUGUUGCAUAUAACAAAAUACAUUUUGUGGCCAAAACUGCCAGUUUUUGAGGGAGGGACUGUGAUUUAGAUAUUUGUUGUUAUGACCUCAGAUAAAGAAAAAAAUUUAAUACUCUGAUUUCUUUUUGUGUAAAGAAUGCAAAUCUAACUAACAAGACUUUUUUCCCCUCACUUUUGUUUCUUUUAAUCGUUUCAAUAUGCCCUUGAUGAAGGAAACAAGACUUGCAAGGUGAUUUACAGAAAGGUCAUUUUAAAGCCUCAUUUUAGCCUUUAAACAAGGAGAUGUUCUCUUCACUGUAGUGUAAUCAGUGUUGUUGCCUUCUUUUUGCAGUUUGUAACUCAUUCUAAUUCAUAAAGUACUGUUUCACAAGGUACAGCUAUCCUCAAAAGCCCAGGUCCCUUUUACCAUAGAAUUGUGUAAUGGUUUGGGCUGGAAGGAACCUUUAAAGAUCAUUUAGUUCAACCCCCCUGCUGUGGGCAGGGACACCUUCCACUAGACCAGGUUCUUCUAAGGUCUGUCCAACCUGACCUUGAACAUUUCCAGUGAUGAUACAUCCACAGCUUCCUUGAGCAACCUCUCCCAGUGUCUCACUAUCCUGAUUAUAAAGAAUUUUUUCCUUUCAUCCAAUCUAAAUCUGCCUUUUUUAAUUUAGAACAACUGCACAUUGUACUUUACAGAUCCUGGUAAAAGCUCUCUAUCUCUUUCUUAUAAGCCUUUUUUAAGUAGUGAAAGGCUGCAGUAAGGUCUCCCCAGAGCCUUCUCUUCUCUGGGCUGAACAAUCUCAACUCUCACAGCCUUUCUUCAUAGGAGAGGCACUCCAGUCCUGUGAUGUCUUUGUCAGAGGCCCACCUCUGGACUUGUUCCAGCAGGUCCACAUCAUUACACAGUUCCCAGCACUUCACAUGGGAUCUCAGCAAAGCAGAGUGGAGGGGCAGAAUCCGGAUCCCACAGUCUGUGUCUCAUGGCUGAAGAUAGUAUUGGCCCCAAUAUGGGCCCUUGAGGGACACCACUCGUUACUGGUUUGUGCUUGCUACAUUGAGCUGUGGCUCUUUGGAUGUGGCCAUCCAGCCAGUUUGUUAGCCAUUUAACAGUUCAAGUCCAUAUGUUUCCAAUCCUUCAUCAUUUCCUUAUUUUCUGUCUUCUGCCCUCCUAGGUCAUUGAAGGCCAAUUUAACUCCCUGGAAUAGCAGAAAAACUUGUGCUUUACUAAGUUUUCUGCUGUUUUGUGAGUUCAUUUAGCUCAUGGAAAGUCUGAUGAGGGUGUGAGCUGUCAGGGAUCGUGGAGGGGAGGGAAAUAGAAAAAAGAUGCCCCUAUUCUGCAGCAGCAAGUUGUUAGAUCAACUCAUCUACUCAAGGAAGCGUAGCUACAGCAUGAGGGUAAUUAAGUCACAUCCAUAGCAUAUUUUUGCAUUACAUUUUUCCAUAUUCAGACUUAAAGAUGGAAAGUAGCAUUAAUUGUUUAGAACAUGACCCAGUAAGUUUGAACGUGCAUUCCUGUGUACUUUCCCAUCUGUAAUGCAGUUGUUGCGUGUGGCUGCAAUGAGAUGUUGCAGUGCUUGAUGCAGCAGUCUUUUGCUUUGCUGCUUUUCUUGGCAAUGUUGAUCUGAUGCCCAAUUUUUGUACAUUGUGCAGAUAUCACCAGUAACUUCCUGUAAUAUUAGAAACUUUGAAGAGUACAAGCAGACCUCUUCCUACCACUCUGUAUAUCUAGUACUGGCAGACCCAUUUUAUUUGCUUGUUGUGUUUCUUUUUGAACUAAAAGGAUAAAUAAUUUUUAAAAAACGUUAUCAUCUUUGUAAGAGCAACAAAAGUCAUUAUUCCAGUACUGUGGUACUAUUGGCUGGGUGAUUAUAGCUGGGGGAGGUAUUGUGCAUCUUAGAACAUCUUAUACAUCUCAAGAUUUAAGCUUUAAAAAGAACAGUGCAGAAGUAACAAACUGAACAUAACCAGAAAAAACCAACUUGCUUUCCUUUUGAGAGACCUGACAGGGUUUACAGGGCCUUGCAAAGAAAUAAGUAUGUUUUCUAAAACCAAGGCAUGCUUAAAAAGGAACAACCUGCAGGUUCUUAGUGUUAUUAACCUUUUGAGUGUGUGUUGAAUUUUUGCGGUGAGAAAUUUCUCAGGAGUUUCUGUCAUGUGAUCUGUUUUUUAUUUACUCUGGAGAGCUGAGACUGCAUUAGACCAAGGAAUUGACUAAAAGUCCCUUGAAAAGUAAAGUUAUGUAUUUUAGUAUGAUACAUCCUAUGAUAAAGGUUGUUAUCUGUACAACUUGUAUAAAACAAGUCAACUUCCUGGCUAGACUAAAUACAUGAUAACAGAGUUGAGUGGCAGUGUGGUAGUGCUGUUGCCACUAUGUGAAAAGUCAGGGUGCUUGUCUUUCCUUUAUACUCACACAAGCUUUUAUACCUUGAGCUAAUUCAUUAAUUUUCACCUUGUGUGAGCCCUGGACCGUGCUGUUCCUUGUGCACCCUACCACAUUACUUUGAAAGCCUAAUGUGCUCUAAGACACAUGGAUUGAUAUUUUUAUGUUCUUGCCUUCUAUUACAACCAUUAGUUUCAUAAGCCAGGGAAUACUCUAUUUACAUGCUGCAGCCUGAUAAUUCUGAAAAGUGCUGCUGGACACAUUGAAAGUGUCAUUAGGACAUCAUCUCAUUUUGACCUACUCUUAAGUUGCCAUUGAGGUCUGAUUUGAAAUGAGUGGUUGUGUUUUUCUACUGUGCUUUUUAAAUUCAUGCUCUGUUGGUUUUUAGCAUUCCAUGCAGUUCUGUAGGGUUUCUCAUUGCCAAAUAUUAUAAGUAGGUUUAGGUUGAACUAGUAUUUAUACUGGUCUCAAGAAUGCCUGGAGAAUUUUUUUCUUUUUGUGAGGACUUGUUGCUGUACUGUAUAAAAGGGUUGAAAGGACAUCAUGGUGUGGGAGAGAAUGUUUUCCAUUGAAGUAUGAAAAGGCAACAGCUAUGGCUGAAGGAAAGAUGCUACAUGGAUGACUUUGCAAUUCAACUUAAUGUCCUCAUGCAUCCUGAAGAGAUAUAUAUUUAUUUUAGUUGGUUUCAAGUCAACAGGAGCAGGAUUUGGUCCCUGUAGUUCUUAAUUCAAAGUUUUGAAUUCAUAGUCUGCACUAGAACAAAAAAAAGUGCUUUCAGUUUAGGAAUUACUCUUCUGAAUUAAUUUCCACAAAUUAUGCAAUCUGCAUUGUUGUUCGUAUUUUUUUUUCCCAAACUUCAAUCUAAUUUUUCUUUAAUUGUUUUAUUCACUUCUUAUUUUUCAGGAGUCUUUGAAAAACCCUUAGUGAUCAUGACAUUGUUACAAGUGACAUAAGUUAGCCAGUGGCUCAGAAUGAUGGAUACCCAGAAGACUACAAAUGAACUGUAAUCCUGUGGAAACACCUGCACAUGAGUAUUGUCCAGUCUGCAAAGAGAAGGGUCAGAUCCAAGGUUUACGGACUUACCGCCUUAAUUUUCAGGAGUCCAUUUUUCUUUGUGAAAAUCCUCAGUGUAUCUACCCACUUGGUUAUAAACCAUUAAACAGCAUAAUUACAUCUACUGGUUCAGAAAAUCAUCAAGUUCCAUCUACUCAUAAGAAAAGGAAAUUGGGUGAAACCAGUGACUUUUCUGCUGUCAAAGCAGAUCCAAAAAAAGCAAGAGCUAACAAUGUGCUCGGUGUUGAGCCCACCAUUAAUGCAGACUCUGUUGUGAAAUGCUACCAGAAUAGUUUGUGUAUUCCCAAGGCAAGCCUACAUGAUGUAUUACAAAAUGACCAGCAAAACCCUGGCAACCAUGUGGGGUCCUGCAUGCCGAAGGUGGAUUUCGAAACAGCCACCAAGACCAACAACUACCAAGAAACUCCACCAAAGACUUCUAGUCCCAAAACACAACUGUUGCCAAAUUCUGAACUUUUAUCAACAGCAUCUGAAAUUUCACUUGAAGAGGAUAAAGGUUCCACUAAUGACAGAGAUUUGUGUCUUCAGUGGAGAAACAUACAUAAUCUUUGUUGGUUAGAUUGUAUUUUGUCAGCACUGGUACACUUAGAAACAUUAAAAUUUGCUCUAGCAGAAGAAUAUAACAAUGGAAAAUGUUUACUCCAGAAACUCUUAACAAAAUAUAAUCAAGCAUCUGUUCUUCUGAAUACCUGUAAAAGGAGCAAAGUGAGAGAUGUUCUUCCGAAAGCAGAAUUUCUUCUCAAUGAAAUCAGAAACGUAAUGUUUACACAACUUCAGCCUCAGCUUAGGUGUGAAUUGGGUAAUAUGGAGAAUCCAGUGUUUGCACUUCCGCUACUCUUACAGCUGGAUCAACCAGCUGAGAAACUAUUCUUGCAUUCAUUUUCAUGGAAGUUUGAAUGUGUAUGUUGUGGCCACAAAUACCAGGACCGAUUGAAGAAAACACUAACAACAUUCACAAAUAUAAUUGCUGAUUGGCAUCCACUUAACGCUAUUCAUAUUGGACCAUGUAAUAACUGUGGUGAUACAUCUCAAAGACAGCAGAUGAUCUUGGAAAAAGUACCCUCAAUAUUAAUGUUCCAUUUUGUGGAAGGCUUGCCACAUAACAACCUGGACAAAUACUCGUUUCAGUUUGAGGAGGACACCUACCAAAUAACAUCUAUUGUUCAAUACCAAACAGAUAAGAAGCACUUCAUAAGCUGGUCUUUGAAUCCUGAUGGAACUUGGCUUGAAUGUGAUGAUUUAAAGGGUCCAUAUUGCAAGAGACAUAAAAGAUUUGAAGUUCCUCCUUCAGAGAUUCAUAUUGUUAUCUGGGAAAAGAAAGCAUCCCAUGUGCCAGAAGAACUGAAUUCACAGUUCCAAAGUAAAAAUAGUGAAGAUUUUCCUCUUAAUAAUGUGCAGUCAAAUUCCACAGUGUUGCACUGUGGUUUUGAUAACACUGUAGGCAAAACACCUGCAGAACACCGCAAAGAGGAUUCUGUGAGGACUCCGGAGAAGAAACAGCAGCGAGUAGCUGAGGAUGAAAGUAUUGUUCAUCAUGGUUUAGAAAAUCUGGGAGAUGAUGAUCUUAUUACACUGAUGCUUGAAGAAGUUCUAAUUGACUCGGAAGAUAAAUCGCUGCUGAACGGACAGAUGGUGGGAAAUAACCUUGUUGAUGGAUGGGGCACACCACAACAGCAGGAACCAGCUUUUUCACUUAGCACUCCAUAUCCAGGAGAGUUUGCUGGAACUAGUCUAGCUAUGCACAAUAAAUCUAUGUUGUAUGAAAAUUCCAGUAUUUGCUUACCUCUAGAAGAGUUGAACCCAGUAAAUAUUACUCCUCCUGUGCCCAAAAAACAUGACCCUGAUUCAUCUGACUCAUCGCCUUCUCGAACAAAUGACAGAACUAAUUUAGCUAACAGAGAACAUGGAUUGAAUUCAGAACUACUGCUAAACAAAAAGUUGCUAGCAGUAGAAAAUAAUAUACAAAAAUCACCUGAUUUGAAAGAUGCAAGCAAAACUGUAGUUAAUUCUCAAGUUGGCAGUCCUUCUGGUGCCAAUAAUUCGGUUCAGCCUUCACACAAAGACAAAAAAGGAGGAUUUGUAGGAAGCUGGGUAAAAAAAUUAUUGAACAAGAAUACUUCUUUUAUGCCUUCAAGUGCCUCAGCUCUCAAGAAUGAGAGAAGUUGCAAAACUCCCUCAGUGCAAAAAACAAGUGAAGUACGGCUGCCAAUUAAGGGCGCAAGUAACUUUGGUGGAUUUCAAAGCAGAAGUACAAAGAAAACAGUUGAGACGCUGAAGUUACUAGCUCCUCAGAGUAAUAAUACUCAUCCUUUACCAAAUUUCAAAGGAUUUUCUCAAAGCACUUGUCUUCCAACAGCAAAUCAUACCGCUAUUGCAGGUCCAACAUGGAAUAAGUUGGGAAGUACGCUGGGUACCUCAGGUAAAGUGACUCAGUUCCCUUCACCUGGCUAUAACUCUGGGAAGGCAGAAGAGUCAGAGAGUGACAAAACAAAAAAACUUCGCCUAAAAUUGUUAAAAAAACUUAAUGCUAAAAAGAAGAAAUUGGCUUCACUGGAUAGAUUAGCAGUGGAACAGAUGAAAGAGGAAAAACCUGUGAGUGGAGACAUAAGCACCCCAUUGCAAACUGAAUCUCAAAAUGACAGUGAGUUACUGCAGAGCUUUUUAAGGGAGCUGCAGUAUCAGAUUGAUGUCACAGGUAAUGAAUCUAAAUUUAAUGCAAAGCCUGUGCCAGGGUGCACUGACCAUAAUAACACUGAUGAAAUACUGGCGGAAUUACUGUCUCCUACUUCAACUGUCGCUUCCUUGAAGACUCCAAAGAGCGAAGAUGAGUGUAUGUACAUGGAAAUGGUGGACAGCUGCGUGACAGCAACCGUGUCCGAUGAGAACACCAGUGCGCCACAGGCAGCAGUGACAAGUGAGGACCACAAUUACUACAGUCCUGUAAAGGACACUAAUAUGGAGCUUGAUGCAAUAAACAAACACAGUGUGAAAAAACUUCCUUUUGAAAGUCCUACAAGAGAUGAUAUCCUCGAAGACCUGUUCUCCAUUUCAGCACCAAGCUCAAUGGCAGGUGACAUAGAUUUACCUCAUUUUGAUGAAACUCUGUUUGAAACUUGAUAAAUACUCAGUUUCUUGGGUUUAAGUAUUUUUUCAGUAUUAUGUAUAUUUUGAACAAAGCACUACUAAAUUAUAUUAUAUAACUAAUUGCACACUGGCUGUACUUGAACAAUUUACAUUUGAGGUAUUUUUUUUUUCUUAACAUUUUAUUGUAACAAGCAAAUCAGGGUUUAAUUAAUUUUAUUUUUCUGAGAAGCAGUUAUUUUAGCUGUCAGAUACGAUGAUGAUUCUUAAUUAAAAGCUCCUAUGAGUCUUAAUUUUGCUGCUUUUAAUAUGAAAAACAUCCAUACUCUAGUGAGUUUGAGAAAUAAUUAAGUUCUGUAAUCUUGAUGAUGUAAUGGUGUAAGAAAUACUGUUUAUGUAGUAGUGAUUUAUUUUAUGGGAUCACUCAACUCCUGAAGUUAUUUUGUCCAACAUUUAAAAAAAAAUUUUUAGGUACCUUCUGUAAUUAGGGAAUUUUGCAUCCUCUGAUAAGAAGAUCAUUUGUAACAUUAUAAACUUGAGGCUGGCAUUCUGUUAGGUUGCUGUUCAACUCCUUACAGAAUUACUAUUCUACAAGCUCCUGUUGAUGUAUACACCCCUUGGAUCCAAAAAAUGAUGGAGACAUGGUAGAAAAUGUCCUAUUUAAAGUUACAGCAUGUACUGAGUCUUCAUCCUGGGCAACUGUGAAUAUAACUUGGCAGAAUAUUCUUCUGAGCCAGGUUAUUUUUUUAAAGUAGAAUUAGUAAGAUUCAGUCCGGAGUUUGCAUCACUAUCAGAUGUACCUUGCAGAUGAGCUGCAAAAUAAUUUAAUGAAAGAAAGGUUUCUAAGAAUUAAUUUAACUGUAAGUUAAUGCCUAUUACUGUUGUCACUGAGUUUUUCAUGACUCAAGCAGCGCACCCCCAUCCGUAUGUAAGAUGCCAAGGAGAGACAAGGUCAGUAGGAAGAAAGUAAUGGAAAAAUGUGGCAAGACAGCAGUGAGUAAGCAGAGGGAUUCACACCUUGAUGUUUCAGGAUUUGUAUAGCUUUCAUUUUGCUAGAUGGGAGUCUUUUUUAAAUGCAUAGACACAAAGCUGAGGGUAUUAUAUGCCAAGUUAGAUUAGCUGUACAUUUUUCUUGUUCUUGGAAAUAAGGAUUUUAUCAGCAAGUCUUUAUACCAGGCAUUUUUAGAGCUGUUCUGCAUUUUUUCAUUGUUUUAGAUCCCAAGUUCAAAACAUUAAAUGCUCAGUCUUAUUUUUCCAGUACAUGCAGUUGAACAUAAUGCUAUUACAAAGCGUGGCUACAGAUUUUAAUGGUUUUGGAUUGUUUGAACUAUGUUUAAAAAGUGUUUGAAAAACUAGCACUGGCCCUGAACUCACGGUGUCAACUUAUUUCUGCUGCAGUUGGGUACAUUGUUACCAAACUGGUACUUCAGGCAGUGAAUAGUUUCAUUCUUGAAAUGUAAGUUUUUGUGAAGAACUUGAGCUGGUUUUUUGUUUCAAAUACUGUAAUUGGUAAUGUUACAAUAGAAAACAAAUGAAUGGAUUCUGAAUGUUAAGAGCUGGCAUACUGCUGGUGAAAUGUUUGCCCGUUUGUGAAUUCCCUAAUUAAAACAAAAAAAAAAGCUGA